AUGGCUCUUGUUGCAGUAAGCUCCGUUAUCAAUAGUACUUUGGUGCCAUUGUUAUCAGGCGAAGUGAACCUAUUGCGGAAUAUUCACAAAGAAGUUGCCAGUAUCAAGGCAGAAUUAGAAAGCAUAAUGUCAUUCCUAAAAGAUGUAGAUUCAAGUCCAAAAUCAAAAAACGAAAUGGCAAAAAGUUGGGUGAAACAGGUAAGGGCAUUGGCUUUCGAGAUCGAGGAUGUCAUGGACGAAUACAUACUUCACCUUUCAGAAAAUAAGAAACGGCGUGGUUUCAUCGGGUUCCUUCGCAAACUCACUCGCUCAAUCACUGAACUCAAGCCACAACAUGGUAUCGCCACUCAAAUUCAAGGUAUCAAACAGAAUAUUCGUGAUAUCAAGGAAAGAGCUGAUAGGUAUGGUUUCAGUUCCUUAGAACAUGCAUCAAGCAGUAAAACCGAAGAGAAACUACAUGAUGACCCUCGGGUUGCCUCUCUUUUCAUUGAGGAAGAUGAAGUUGUGGGCAUUGAGUCCACUCAGGAGGAACUGAUCCACAGGCUGAUAAUCGGAGAGUCAGACCGAACGAUCACUUCACUAGUAGGUAUGGGAGGAUGUGGCAAGACCACUCUUGCCAAGAAAGUUUUUGACAACCGAAAAGUGAUUGAACACUUUGAUUGCCAGGCUUGGUUAUCGGUCUCUCAAUCAUACAAGACAGAUGACAUCUUUAGAAGAACGAUGAAGCUGCUAUGUGAGUCAAGAGAGGAGUGUGCACCUAAGGAAAUCGACUCAAUGGACCAAAAUUCUCUCAUUCUUAUGCUGAGACAAUAUUUACUUCAAAAGAAGUUUCUAAUAGUUUUUGACGACGUAUGGAGUACGGACUUUUGGAGAAUCGUAAAACUCGCUUUACCAAAAAACAGCCGAGGAAGUCAAAUAAUUGUCACAACGCGCAGCAUAGAUGUUGCUUCUUUUUGCAAGGAAUCCCCAUCGGAUCACGUCUGCAAGGUGGAGCCCCUAAUUGAGGAGGAGGCUUGGAAGCUCUUUUGCAUGAUUACUUUCAAACAGGAUUUCGGUGGUGGUUGUCCUCCCGAGUUGGAGACAGUAUCCCGUGCCAUCGUGAGAAAAUGUGAAGGAUUACCACUUGCAAUUGUGACAAUGGGUGCUCUCUUGUCCACUAAAAGUAAGGAUGUAUUCGAAUGGCGAAGAUUCUAUAAUAGCCUUGGAUCCCAGUUAGAAAGGAAUCCGCAUCUCACAAACGUCACAAAAAUUGUGCUCCUUAGUUACCAUGAUCUGCCUUACUACCUCCAACCAUGUUUCUUGUACUUUGGCAUAAUACCCGAAGACUAUCAAAUCACCCGUGGAAGACUAAUCCGACUGUGGAUAGCCGAGGGUUUCAUUGAAGGACAAAGAGGAAAAACGUUGGAAGAAGUUGCAGAAGAACACUUAACUGAGCUUAUUCAUAGAAGCUUGGUUCAAGUUUCGGGGAGAAAUUUUUAUGGUAGAAUUAAAGGAUGUCAGGUCCAUGAUGUGGUCCACGAGAUCAUCCUCGCAAAGUGUGAGGAGUUGAGUUUUUGCCAUGUUUUGAGAGAAGAAGAUCCAAGUUGGAAUAAUGAAACUCGACGAUGGUCAAUGCAUAUUCGACACAUAACGAAUAAGGAUUUGGAAACCAUGCGUAGUACCAAAUCAAGAAUUCGUUCAAUUUUUGUUUACUCAAUGGGGGAGUUGCCAAAGCAGCAGUUAUUGGGUACUCUAGCUAGGAGUUUCAAGCUUUUGAAAGUACUAGAUCUUGAGAAUGCUCCUCUUGAUAAACUUGGUGAAGAAGUGGGAAAUCUUCUUCAUUUACGAUACUUAAGUGUCAAGAUGACAAGAGUGAAGAUAAUUCCGAAGUCCAUUGGAAAUCUACACAACCUACAAACUUUGAAUUUGGCAGACUCACUUGUGGAAGUGCUACAAAUUGGGAUCUUAAGCAGACUCCGUAAGUUGCGGCAUCUUAUCGGAAGAGCUCUGAUGAUACAAGGAGGGAUUGGGCAUUUAGAAGAGUUGCAGACAUUGCGAGGCCUGGAGGCAAAUGAUGAUUUAAUCAAAGAGCUAGAAAAAUUGAGACAAUUGAGGAAGUUGGAUGAAGCACCUUCAAGCUUUGAGGGUUUGGGCUAUACACGACAACGAGAUACUGGAUUUGCAUUCUCUUUCUUCUCCUCCCGAAUUUCUUCGGGAUCUCUUCUUGUGGGGGGACUUUUGGAAACGUUGCCAAACUGGAUAUCGAGACUAAAUAAUUUAGUUUCCCUAAAUCUAGUUCAUUCAAGGUUGACCGGUGCUCAUGCAAUAAAAGCUCUUCAAGCAUUACCUAAUUUGAUCGAACUUCGUUUCUUGAAUGGGUAUGAUGGAGAACAAUUGUAUUUCAAUGUCGGAGGGUUUCCAAAGCUUAAGUUGCUAUACCUCAAUGACUUGAAGGGAUUGAAUUCGAUUAUAAUAGAGGAAGGAGGAUUGCCCGUUCUCAAGGAGCAUCAAAUUGUUCGUUGCCUACAAUUGAAGGAGGUACCCUCCGGUAUCCUCAGUCUCAGAGAUCUCAAAUAUCUUGUCUUUCGGUUAAUGCCAACAGAGUUCUUAGACAGAAUGCAACCACGCAAAGGCCAAGACUAUUGGAUUAUUGAGAAUAUACCCACUGUCAAGUUUUUCUGGAAGGAUGGAGGGUUAUCUAGAUUUUAUACUCCUCGAGAAUUCCAAGACGUGAGGGAAAGCCAGAGGAUAGCCAGAUGGUAUUCAUGA